AUGUCACCUCUUCGCCAGCAUGCUCGCCCUAGACUCGUGGUAUUGCUGAUAUCCCCGUGUCCUUUUCGAAAAACUGUGCAAUUCAUCAAGCCAACAUGUCUAGCCCAACCUAUUUUCACGCGCCGGUUUCAUGCAAUUCCUCAAGAGGGGAAAUCCGAGGGCCCUCCGCGACCUCGCGCGCCGGAUGCGCUUCUUCUGGCUCUACAACAGAUAACGGCGGGAGCCUAUACGUCAAUUGCUCAGAAACGUCGUCCUUGGAAGCCGCCUACGGAAGCUACAGAGGAAGCUACAGGGGAAGAGAAAGAGGCUACAACUGCAGCGGUGGAAUACAGGUCGAAUUUGACUCGCCGGGGCCACCCUAGCUAUUCGACUGUCACUGCCAGGUAUCUGCAUGAACUACACCCACUGCUACAGUCGAAUUCUGUGGGAAAGGAAACCCUCGACCGUGCUAUCCUCAACGUGUUUGAUGACAAAAGCCUGGACUAUAUAUCCAGGAACGGAUACUCCGCCGGCGAUGUGAUGGCGUGGGCGUGGGUGCUGGCCACGCCUGACCCAUAUACGGCUGCCAUACGCUAUAAGAAACUGACGGAAGCCCCAGCUCAUCCACUACGGAUAGCUCCAAUACCAAAGUUUGUUCUUAUAUCUCUCCUUCGGCGGGUCGAUACCGAUGAGCCUUCGUUCUAUAUACUCUUGGAGAAAGCUCAAGAUUUAUUGAGCUCCUUAGUCCACGACAGGCAACGUUCUCUACAUACGAACUCUCAGCCCAGCUCCCAUCGCAUGCCAGGAGCGCCCCGGUAUUCGGACGAUUACAGUGUUAUGGCCAUUCUCGUCCGCUUGACCGCUAUAGCGCGCAGAGUGGCACCGAAGGCCUUGUUAAGGAUAGCCGAGACUUUCACGGACACGUUCGGCAAUCUUACGGCGACCAAGGACCUUGACCAGCUUGGCCCGGGCAAAGCACGCCGAUUAACUGAGCUAUAUAACAAAAUGAUCGCAUGUCUAGCGAACAGGUGUAGCAUAGAACCUUACAACUCCGCUAAGAUACAACAGAAAGCAGUGUUCCAUAUAUUACGACAGAUGGAAACGUUCAACCCUCCUUUACCCGUCAACAGAUUGAGCUACCAGACAAUAACGCGUAUCCUAGUCGCUUCUAGGAUGACGAAGGCAGAAAGACGGUGGGAUAGUUUCAAAGCUGUAUCUUGGCCGCCGUGGAAAGAAGAUAAACUUGGCAUUGAUGCAGAGAGGACUGAGGGGAGCAAGAGCAACGCAAUGCAAUCUAUUCUCCAGAUGACGCAGGCAGGUUACGGCUCUACAGAAUGGGAUAGGGCGGCCUCUGUGGUUGCGGGUUGGGAUACGGAUGGAACACCGACCAUUCAGAAGAGGACCCUUCUUCCAAAUCCAAGGCAAUACCUAGCAUCACAGCACCACCGUCCAGGGCCUGAGCCGAUGGUAUGGGCUGCUCGAAUUCGUGCGACUCGAACGCUUCGGGAGGCGUGGGCGUGUUAUCUAUCCUCCCAGCAACAGGGCGUUCCGCUCAACGAAUACAUUCUCUGUGAAAUGGUCGAGAAGCUUAUCUACUAUAAGAGGCUGCAGAAACGGUUGGAACUGGGGAGGGAAGAAGGAUCGGAAACACCAUAUUCUACGCCUCUUGCCGGUGGUAAGGAAGUAUACCCUGAACCGUCCUCACCUCGCGACGCUAUUUAUGUUCCCUGUGAUCCGCCAACGCUGCCCGAGUUUUUGCAGGAAAUAUUCUCGAACGGUGCCAGGCUACCCGAUAAGGUGCUGGUCUUACUCCUCAACAGUACUACGUCUUUCGAGCAAGGCAUCAAGUAUAUCGAGCAUAGCACCCUUACCGAAGACCAGAUCUAUUCCCUGUUAGCCCCCACCGCUCGAAAUGAUAGAGCGAGAGUUGACGGGCUUAGUCUGAUCGGGGACAUGAUCUUUUCUGCAGUCAUACGGUUCCUGUGCAGGUCCGCUGCCCAUAGUUCUGUGGACCGUAUACCACGCUGGCGCUUGACCGAAUCUCUGGACACGGCGUUCCCUCUCAUCUUUGCACAAUCCUCCGAUUCGAUGCCGAAUCAAGCCCGCGCUUUGGGUCAUGCCAUUUUUCUUAUGAGAGAACGCAAACCGCAGUAUAUGCCUGCUUGGCAUAACAUCCUCAAGGGCGUAGCUCUGGGAAACCGGCCAUAUCUCAAUUUUGACAGCCUUGAUCUCCCGCCUGGUGUGGACCGAGUUCUUGCUUGGGAAGAGACGUUGAUGAUAGUGAAGUUCAUGGAGCUGGCUUCUAUAAAGUUGGACAUACGGUGUAUUCACCUUCUUUGCAAUGGACUGAUGAGCCUGAUGCAAGCACUCCGCCUGCAUCCGGAAGCUGCUAAAGCUGGAUUGGAUGUUAUGCACCGGUUUGAAGGGGCUAGACAGCAAAACCUAUUCGUGAGAGGAAAGUUCCCCCAGGCUAUGAUUGAGAAUGGGCUCAAGGAGAUAAUCGCCCAUGUCAACCGAUUCCUACCUAUCAGGAAAGUCAACGCUAUCGAUCCUUCUACUCCGCUAGUCGACGGUCUCUCAGUUCUGACGACGAUACCACCCCCAGCCGUCCUCCAUUCCCUCAUUCGCACAUUCGGUCUUGGGGGAGAGCCGCAGUCCAUCGUGGCGACUCUGCGUGUACUUCAGCUAGAGGCCGACGAACUCAGACGAGUGACUGAGCUGAGGCACGGGGGUCGGAGGAUGCUUCGUCGAGCAAUCGUCGCGUCCAGGGCCUUCCUAGAGAAUAACUUGGGAUGUGUUGGAAGGGACGUAAAAGUGCCACGCAUACAUCCUGGUUCCCUUGCACAGGGGGCCCGUAAAAUCGUGGAAGCAACCCAGAUCAUGGCUCCCUGGCCGUCUGAUGAUGAGAUGGAAGCAUACGUUCAGCGAGACAUGCACGAGAACGGAACUAUAGAGAUCGAUGGCGACGACGGAAGAGUGCAGACCCAGACCUCGAGAUCUUUACAUAACAUCGAAUUUCCGUACUACACACAUAUAUGUUUCUACUAUGUCGAAUUCGACACAGCGUAUACCAUGGCUGCACGAGUAUUCCGCCCGGCGACCCUAACCCUUCGCCAGUUCCCCGUCGUCCAGGUCCGCCGCAACGCUACGCUCGGCACCAGCGCCCACGGAGCCGUGAUCAAUGUCCAGCAGAUUCCCGCACCAGGCGCAGGACACAUCCGAGUGCUGCUGCUGAAUCGACCGCAGGCUCGCAAUGCGAUCUCACGGCAAUUGCUGAGCAGCUUGGGGAAACACAUUGACGAGAUCAAGGCGGAGCAAGGGAAAGGUCCAACUCGGGCCCUGGUGCUUGCGAGCAAUGUCGAUGCCUCGUUCUGCGCGGGAGCAGACUUGAAGGAGCGAGCUACUUUUACGAAACAGGACACGGAAGCAUUCCUGGCUGAACUCCGCCAGACAUUCGCCAACCUGGCCAGUCUACAGAUUCCAACCAUCUCAGCCAUCUCGUCCAUGGCGCUGGGCGGCGGACUGGAACUAGCACUGUGCACGCAACUGCGUGUCUUUGGAUCUACGAGCAUUGUCGGUCUGCCCGAGACCCGCCUUGCCAUCAUCCCCGGCGCAGGAGGCACCUACCGACUCCCACGACUCAUCGGCAAGAACCGCGCCCUGGACAUGAUACUGACCGGACGACGGGUCAGCGGUCCGGAAGCCUACUUCCUCGGCCUCUGCAACCGACUAGUCGAGGUGACGCCCGAAGAACAAGGUAAGCCCGGAGAAGCGAGAGAGAAGGUUCUACAGGAAAGCAUCAAGCUUGCGCAGGGCAUAUGCGAAGGAGGGCCCAUUGCGUUGGGCCAAGCUCUCAAGGCGGUUGACGGCUUCGAAAGGGGCGCAGAAGCAGAGAACGAGGCGUAUCUUGGGGUCGUGGAGACGGAAGAUCGGUUCGAGGCUCUAAAGGCGUUUGCGGAAAAGAGGAAACCUUCGUUCAAGGGGAGAUGA